AUGCCUAACAACGCCCCACUCCCAACACCGACGCCAGAAGAGCUCGACGACCUGAUUUACUUCUCCCGCGUCGGGGAUCUCGAGUCGCUAAAAGCGUCUAUCACGGAGCUCUGCUCGACACAUCUCUGCGCACCGUCGGUGAUUGUGGCGACGGCGAUUGACAUCGAUGAUGAGGGGCUUGGCUCCCAGUCCUCCCUUCUGCACUACCCGGCGGCGAAUGGAAACCUCGAGAUCGUCACGUACCUGCUGAGCCUGCUGGCGCCCUCGGAGUCCCUACACGGAAGCCCGAGUGGAACGACGGCUGAUAAGAGCGCGCCGCAGCUGGUCAACCAUCGUAAUGUCAGUGGGAAUACACCGUUGCAUUGGGCUGGCGUCAACGGCCAUCUGGAGGUGGUUAAGAAGCUGGUCCUGGCUGGUGCGGACCCGACUAUCGUGAAUGCUGCGGGCAGGGAUGCCGUCGUCGAGAGCGAAGCUAGUGCUAAGGAGGGCGCUGCUGAAUGUGCUGUGUGGCUGUUGAAGAACUGUGAGGACCUCGAAAAAGGUGUCGCUGGUGGGGAUGGAGAACAAGAGCAAGAAGCAGAAGUGGGAGAAGGCCCAGACAAGGACGAGGGCACGGGAGCAGCAGAUGAUGUUUCUGAUGCUGCUGCUGCUCGGAAUGGUUCAAAACGAGGCUCAGAACAGACGUGA